AUGACGUCAGAGGAGGCAAAAGGUUCCCGCGUGGCGGUGGAGAUCGGUGAGGCGUACAGGAACCCCACGGAAGUGAAAAUGAGUCAGAUCGUGCUGCCCUGCCACUCCAAUCACUGCGGCGAGUUGAGCGCUGGACAGCUACUCAAGUGGAUGGACUCCACAGCAUGCCUCUCAGCUGAGAGACAUGCUGGCUGCUCCUGUGUCACUGCAUCUGUAGAUGACAUCCAUUUUGAACACACCAUAGGGGUGGGAAAUGUCGUCACCAUCAUAGCCAAGGUCAACAGAGCCUUCACAUCCAGUAUGGAGGUUGGUAUAAUGGUGACUUGUGAGGACCUCUACACUGACACUCACUGGAGGGUUUGUCAAGCCUUUGCCACCUUUGUGGCCAGAAGAACAGAAACAGGCAAGGUGCAACUGAAGCCAUUGACGCCUCACACGCAAAUGGAGCAAAUGGAGUACAGCUUGGCGGCCGAGCGGAGGAGAAUGAGGCUCAUCCACGCAGAAAUCAUCACGGACUUAUUGAGCAGCAGCACGGCACAGCUUGGAGAGUGCCAGGAGUACCAGGACGCCGUGCCAGCCGAACGCACGCAAGUGGAGAGCGUGGAGCUGGUCCUGCCGCCGCACGCCAACCACCAAGUUAGCACCUUUGGUGGCCAGAUCAUGGCUUGGAUGGAGAAUGUUGCCACCAUUUCAGCAAGCCGCUUAUGUAAUGCCCAUCCCACCUUGAGAAGCAUUGACAUGUUCCAUUUCCGUGGCCCAUCUCACAUCGGAGACCGUCUGGUACUGAAGUCCAUCGUUAACAAUGCCUUCAAGCACAGCAUGGAGGUGGGUGUAUGUGCUGAGGCUUACCAGGGUGGAGAGCCUCAGCGUCAUAUAAAUAGUGCCUUUAUGACCUUUGAGGUACUCGACGCUGAUCGCAAACCACGCACGCUGCCCCGGAUAAGACCCGAGCCUGUGGAUGGUAAACGGCGUUACCAAGAAGCUAUUGCCAGGAAGAAGAUCCGCCUUGAUAGGAAAUACAUCAUCUCAUGCAAGCAAAACGAAAUGCCACUGUCUGUACCGUGGGACCCAAGUAAUCAGAUGUACUUGAGCUACAACAACGUCUCGGCGCUGAAACUUAUGGACACCAUAAACAAUUGGGUGUUGACCUCUGAGAAAAACAAAGUCAGACUGUACACACUGGAGGAGAACCAGACGUUGUGCUUCAAAGUGGAGAUGAACGUGAGCGUUUCGGCCGAGCAGACUUUCCACCUGCUUUCCGACCUAGGGAGGAGAAAAGAGUGGGACCGUCAUUAUCAGGCAUGUGAGGUGAUCAUGCAGGCGGAUGAAGAUGACACCAUUUAUCGUGUGAAGACACCCUCUAUCCGAAAAGGGGGCAAAGGCCAGGAUUUUAUCUUGCUGGCUUCUUGUCGGGAACCGUGUGAUGUCAGGGACCCGUAUCUGAUCGCUUUACGGUCGGUUACUCUUCCCACUCACCCUCCAACUCCAGACUACGAUAGAGGAGAGGUGCUCUGCGCCGGCUUCACAAUUUUGGAGGAGUCCACCACUGUCACCAAGGUCACCUACUAUAAUCAGGCCACCCCAGGAGUUCUUCCCUACAUCUCCACAGACAUUGUCGGACUCUCCUCCUCUUUCUCCAGCGCCUUUUCUGCCUGUAGUGACUUCCUUGAAGCCAAUAAGGACAGCUUGCCCACUUCCACUCAGCAGGCCACAAAUGCAGCAAAUACCUUGCACAAAGAACCAUAG